ACUACGGAAAAUUUGUCAACAAAGAUGGCGUACUGGUUCCACAGGAAUCCGCUGAAAGCGACUUCAGUGCUUACUUUUGAGUUACGGGGAGUAUCAACAGACGACAAGACAAGAAGAAUAUUUACGGAAUUGCGUCAGACCCGAAAUAAAUUACUGGAGUUACUAACUGACCCAAACCAUGAACCAGUCACAGUGGAGAAGGCCACAACUGACUACUUCAGUCUGCUUAUGGGCCUUAUUCAGUCAUUCGGGGAGGAGGCAGACAACAAAUUAAGAAAAGCCAUCAAGUACAAAUGGACUAAUUCACUUCUAGGAAAUACUCCUAUGGAGCAGUUUGAUGCUGUAUUUGAAGCAGCUUCUAUGGCCAUCAACAUAGGAUUGUGGUACACCAAGCAUGCUGCCAAACUGGCUGCCAAGGAAGAACCAGAGAUGGAAGAAGCAAAAGAGGUUCACAAAUGUUUGAAGAUUGCUGCAGGCUUAUUCACAUUUGUCAAGGAUGAUUUGAUAUCCCGGCUGUCUGAGAACACGGAGGGAGCUGUAGACACAGACAGUCGUGUUCUGGAGGCCUAUGUCCACCAAUGUACUGCCGAGGCUCAAGAGGUGACAUUGGCCAGAGCUGUUGAGAUGAGGCAUGCUUCAUCAUUGAUAGCGUCGCUGGCAUUCGAAACAGGACAGAUGUACCAGAAAGCAGAUGAUGCUUUAAACAGUUUAGAUGACAAAGUGGUACUGAAGUGGCGGAAGUACUGUCAGCUUAAAUGUAGUUUCUACACAUCAUAUGCUCAUUGUUACAAUGGAGAGACACUUCUAGCACAAGACAAGUGUGGAGAAGCAAUAAGAGGACUUCAGGAGGGAGUGAAAUUGUAUGAACGAGCAGAAAAACAGUGUAAAGAGUAUACAUCGGCUAAAGGAUUAGGAACAUUUGCCCGACCAGCCAAUCAUUUAUUCUUUCGAAAAGCAGAACCUGUGCUGAAACGAAUAUUAGAAAAAUGUGACAGAGAAAAUGGAUUGAUCUACCAUCAGAAGGUUCCGUUUGACGAACCAGUGCUGGAGUUGAAGGCCACCUACGGUCUGGUGGCCCCAGAGGUGUUUGCUUUUCCUACUAUCAACCCUCUCUGGACAAAGGAUGUCUAUGACAAAAUGAACGCAAAAAUGGCACCAAGACCUGAUGAUAACAAAGACAAGAGUAAGAAGCCCGAGGACCUCCCCCCGGUAAAGGAGAAGGAAACACCCAUGUCAGAGAAGGACCCUGGCAACUUCAGCGGUUGUGUAGUGUCAUAAGCCUGUGUGUUUAGACCUUUGUUACCUUGUCUACAGCAUGUAGACGGAACAUUCUCUGUAGUAUGUAGGCUAGACAGGAACCACGGACAAGUGCUGGUAUAUCAAGGAAUGGAGAGAGCUAAGCCUGGUCUCUAACAACAGAGAUGUGGUGUAUUUUAUGAUCUGCCUAAUGAUUGAUGAUCAUUAACUUACUUAGAUUUUUGACAUAUUACAUAUUUACCAGGGCGGACAGAUAGAGCUAGGAUAUGUUUUCAUACACCUUGGCAGAUUGACUGAGUUUUCAUUUAUUUGUGUGAACAGAAAAUGGAAGUAUUUGUUUUCAUACCGUUAGACUGAAAUGAUGCUUGUUACACUGUUAGAUUACCAGGCUGUUUUAAGUCUGUUGAGAACGCUCCUACUUCACACAAGUUGAACUCUUUAUUGUGUGACCUUUUCUAGAUAACAGAAGAAUCACAGUUUGCAAUAUUCAAAUUUAAUUGUUUUUCACUAAAACAUCUUCAUGGAUUUCCCUUUAUAUUGAUAUAUUGAUAGCUUUUAUAAUUGGAAAAUAGACCUUUGUUCUUAACCUGUUUUACUUUAUGAAGAUACUAUUGAGUAGAUGGAUUGUAUAUGUAUGAUAUUCAUGAUUCUUAUGUAUAAUAGUCCUUGUAUUUAUUGAAGAAUUCAUACUAUAAAGUGUUAAAAUGAAACAGAUAUACUCUAUAUAUGAAAUGUAAUGUGCAUUUUUAUCUAUAUUUAUGCACGAUACUAGAAACAAGGUUUAUUUACCAUUGCAUAAUUGGCAUUUAUUAGAGUAACAUUUAGCUAUUGAGAACUAUUGCCACAAACAUAAAUGUAAUAACAAUGACACUACCUUAUAUAACCCUGUUUUACUGUGUUGAUCCUGUUAAAUAGAAUAUAUUGUGUCGCGUAUCAAAGUGCAGCCUGUCAGGCUCAUUGCAAAGACAUGACAUACACAGGAUAUUUGUGUCAUUGUUAAACACAUGUACAGUGUAGAUCUAAUUUCAUUGUCUUUCAUCUAUUGUAUAUAUCCUGAUAUUUAAACAUUUCUUCCAAAAUAGAAUUAUAUGAAUUAUUAACCAAAAGAGUGAAAAAACUUUCUACACAAAAUAUUGUAAUAAGCCAUAUAUUAUGUGUGAUUGUCCAAGGAUAUUCUAAGAAUUUAUAAUGUAAGACCUGUACAUUGAAAUAAGGAGAUGUUGAUAGAAUGGCUUGUUGCUUCCUAAUUUUAUGAAUAUUUGGUGUGUAAAUAUGUAACAGAUCAAAGACAAAGUGGUUUUAACUUAUGAACAAUCUUAACAUGUACACUGUAGUAAAGUUUGUAUUUAUAUAAACACAAAUCCCAUUUACACGCCUAAUCUUUCAAUUGUGUAUAUAUUAAAACAAAAUUCAAAUUCAAGAAGCUUGUUUAAUGACAUAGCAAACUGAUAAUUUACAGUAAGACGAUAUUAUAUUCCAUCGUUAUAUGGUUGUAAAUAUUGUUUUUGUACAGUUCAUCUGACUUGUAAUAGGUGUAAGUGAAGUGUAUUAUAUAUAAUAAUACAUAACCCAUUAAUUAUUAAAGUUUCAAUGAAGCUUAUGAAGAAUGUUCAAGGUACAGUAACACCUGCUCUCAAGUCUUGUAAACCUCCUUUAAAUCAGAUACAUGUACAUACUGUUAAAAUAGUCUGAUGUCUUUGUUAGUGAAAUAAAUAUUUAAUAAACAAUAGGUGUAAAAGAUGAUUUCAGAGCCUUGAGGAGCACACAUUCAUUUUUUAUUUGUUAUAUAUACUUAGUACUGUUUUGGUGUAGUAAGGAACAAACGUAUGGUAUUUCUAUGCUAUGAUGUACUGAUGUACAUACCGGUAGUGCUGUUCUGGAGAGGAAAGGAGCAAUCCUUUAGUUCUAUGCUAUGAUGUACUGAUGUACAUACCGGUAGUGCUGUUCUGGAGAGGAAAGGAGCAAUCCUUUAGUUCUAUGCUAUGAUGUACUGAUGUACAUACCGGUAGUGCUGUUCUGGAGAGGAAAGGAGCAAUCCUUUAGUUCUAUGCUAUGAUGUACUGAUGUACAUACCGGUAGUGCUGUUCUGGAGAGGAAAGGAGCAAUCCUUUAGUUCUAUGUUAUGAUUUAUUCGGGAUUCAUAAAGAGCAAACCUGUAUUUCUUUCUUAUAUGUAUAGUGCUUCUCCUGAGUGGUAAGGAGAAAACCUUUAUUUCUUUGUUAUGAACAUACUUCUACAUAGUCAAGCCUUGUUGUUAAAAUCAUACCACCACAAAUUAUCCUAUAAUGUACCUUACUAGUAUAUUGGAGGACCAAUUACCCUUUCUCUAUGUCCUGCAGAUCCAGUCACUAUAGCUGGGAUCAAAGGUGGCUGUAUUAACAGGCCCCACACUGAAUGUUUUAUUUUCCAUUCUUAUUAGCCAAUGUGCAUGCUAAAAGUUACAGCCUGGACAAGACUUAAAAUUGGAAAUUAUCACUUUUUUUUUACCUCUGAUCUAGAAUUGCACUGCACAACUUCUGUGGGUGAAACAGAUACACUUCAUGUUUCAUCUUCAUAUUUCAUCAAGAUAUCUAGGACGGUUGCUUUGAUCUUUGAACUUCAGAUUCAGGUCAAAGCGACAUAAUUACAGUGAAUUGCAAUCUUCCUUGGAUGAUGUAGGUAUCGUUUAAGUUUCAUCAACAUGUUAUAGUUUUAAAAUUAAGACAGGAAACUAUUUUAGAAGGACCAGUGCUAAACAUUUUGAAAUAAUAGUAUCUUCAAAUUUUAUCCAUUGAAGUGUUGCUAUUAAAAGAUUAGGAGUUUUAUGAUUUUACAGGGGGAAGACUUUGAUAGGGUGUAUAGAACCAGUUUAAAACCUUACAAAUAUUUCCACUUAUUAGUGCACACACUAAUCAGAACAUGCCCUUACAUGGUCCAUGUUAUGUACAUUGACCCUAUAACAUGGUGAAAGUCUAAGAAAUAUCCAUUGCAAUGAAAAUGAGAACAGUUUUUGGAUUUUCAUUCAUGUUCAAAACUGAACAAAAAAACUAGUAACUAUAAGAAAAGUGUUUGCUUUAGUAUAAACAUAUUUCUUCACUUCUUUCAACAUUUCAUGAUUAAAUGCUAUUGGAUCUUUGAUUAACGGAAUCAUCAAUAAAUAAAUACAUAAAGAACCUUA